AAAUCAGAGAGAGAGAGAUUGAAGCAAAUUAAGAUGAUGGAAACAGCGGUUCCUCAUAGCUCUGUGACAGUGGAAGAAGUGCCUGCAAGUAACAAGGAAAACGGCCAUGUCGUCAAGCCCUCUGAUCCAAAGCAACUAGACGCAGGAGCACUCUUUGUUCUCAAAUCCCGAGGAUCAUGGUUGCACAGUGGGUAUCAUCUGACAACAUCGAUAGUGGGGCCGGUGCUUUUGACUCUGCCAUUCUCAUUCACACUUCUGGGCUGGCCUGGUGGAGUCUUGUCUUUAACCCUAGCUGGUCUUGUUACUUUCUAUUCUUAUAAUCUUUUAUCUCUCGUCUUGGAGCGCCAUGCACAGCUCGGGCAUCGUCUGCUUCGCUUCCGAGAUAUGGCCACCCAUACUUUAGGGCCAAGAUGGGCCAAAUACUACGUAGGCCCACUUCAAUUGGCUAUAUGCUUUGGCGCAGUUAUUAGUGGUCCUCUCGUGGGAGGGCAAAGCCUCAAGUUCAUUUACAUUCUGUACAACCCAGCAGGAACAAUGAGGCUGUACCAAUUCAUAGUGAUAUGUGGGGUGAUCACAUUAGGGUUGGCUCAACUUCCAUCAUUCCAUUCCCUAAGGCACAUGAAUCUUGUAUCUCUUAUUCUCUGUGUGGCUUAUAGUGCUUGUGCCACAAUUGGUUCCAUAUAUAUUGGUCAUCAAUCAAAGAAUAUUGCAGCCUCCAGAAGCUAUGCAGUGAAUGGGAGUAGUAUUGACAAGCUCUUCGGUGUCUUCAAUGGCAUUUCAAUCAUUGCUACCGCAUAUGCAUGUGGUAUCAUUCCUGAAAUACAGGCAACUAUAGCAGCACCUGUGAAAGGGAAGAUGUUGAAAGGGCUAAGUGUAUGCUAUUGUGUGAUAGUCACAACUUAUUUCAUGGUGGCAAUAUCAGGAUAUUGGGCGUUUGGGAAUCAAGCCAGUGUCACUAUUAUUGCUAGCUUCAUGGCACAACAACAAAAGCCUCUUCUUCCCACUUGGUUUCUUUUGAUCACCAACUUAUUCACUCUCCUACAAGUACUCGCUGUCACUGUGAUCUACUUGCAGCCAACAAAUGAAUUGUUCGAAACGAUGUUUGCUGAUCCAAAACUGGGAGAGUUCUCUAUUAGAAAUGUUGUGCCAAGAUUGAUUUCAAGGUCAUUAUCAGUGGUGGUGGCCACAGUAUUGGCUGCGAUGCUGCCAUUCUUUGGAGAUGUAAUGGCAGUGCUUGGUGCGUUUGGGUGCAUUCCUAUUGACUUCAUUUUGCCAAUGGUCUUCUUCAAUCUUACUUUCAAGCCCUCCAAACGCAGCCUUCUCUUCUGGGGCAACACAUUCAUAGCUUUAGCUUCCUCAGUUUUGGUUGUCAUUGGGGCCAUAGCAUCAGUUAGGCAAAUAGUCCUUGAUGCCAAAACCUAUAGUUUAUUUUCUGAUCAUUAA